ACACGAUGUGGGAGCUUUAAAUAAUAACGUUACAUGUCCAACUGGCAAGCUGUACUAAAAUGUCAUCUCUGCCAAAGGAUUGCCUAGAAAACGUGGCAAUUAAGGAGUUUCAGAAAAAAUACAAGCUUGAUUUUGAUGAGAUAUUUGAUCUUGCUCAGACAUUUUUCAAUGAGAAAGCUGAGAAGGCGUUCCACUUAAGUUUUGACGAUCGGAUUCAUCUUUCGGCCCUCAUAUGUAUUAAGAAGUACGGAAAGUACGAUCGAACAAAAACACCAGUACCUGGGCUUCUUGAUUUUAUAGGGCAGAGGAGAAAUGCUCGUUGGGAAACCUUAAGUGAUAUGAAGCCAAAAGAAGCUGAAGUAGAGUUCAUAAAUAGGAUUUGUCACCUAUGUCCAUUAUUCAUAUCAUAUUUGGAAGCCUAUUCACGCAGCAAAGGAAGUGUUGCUGAUCAUUUUUCAAAAGAAACCAACGUUUCUAGUCCGAAUGAACCUGCUGGUACCAUCGAUAAUGGUGAUCAAUCUUGUUUCAUUUUAAAAAAUGAAUCUGAAAUUCGAGCAGCUUUAAAUGCUCAAACUGAAAGUCAGUUCCAAUCUUAUGCAUCCCUUCAUUAUCCCACAGAUGCAGUUAAGAGAGCUGAACUUAUUGCACAGUUGCAAGAUCGGCAUUUUCACGAAUAUAUGGCAUACAUACAACGUCAAUAUCGCUUUAUUCAGCGAUCACAGGUUGAAUCUUCCUCUCAGACAACCGCUAUGUCGACAAUGAAUGAUUCAGUUGAAGAUUAUCCAGUCACUAAUGUAAAGUCAAUGGACGGUGUAAAUCGUUCAGAAACAGUCUCUUCCAAUGAGGAUUAUAUCAACGAUCAAUCUGUUCUCAACGGCACAGUGCAGUUAGAACCGUCUUUACAUUCCCCUGAGAUUCAAAAAGAAAACUCAGUACCCGCUGAUGUUUCUGUUAACAACCUGUCUUGUACAGAUACUUCAGAUCUGUCAACUCGUGAUUCAGAUAAGAAAUGCCUUGACACUGAUCCUUACCUAAAUGCAUCUUUGGUGGUACAUGCCCCUACAUUAUGGACUCGUGGGAAGUUAAAGAAUUUAAACAGUGUUUAACUGAAGAUGAAGAGUCUGUUAUUCGAAUAAACAGCGGUGAAGUUUAUUCAGUUCGUGUUCAAACACACCCAUCGGGCACGAGUAUAGUCUGGGAGUUCGCUACAGAUGACUACGACAUUGGAUUCGGUUUGUUUUUUGAAUGGGCGGGACCGCUUUCUGAUCCUGAAGCGAAACAAAACAAUCAUAUUGCAUCAGUCAAUGCCGAAGGUAAGUGUUGAAAGGGGUAACAUGAACAACACUAUCAAUAAACCUGUCGAUUGACUGAAUCUUAAUUAUUAACACUGUCUGUCUUCUUCAAAAUACCAUCAAAAGACAAAAUCAAUAUUCGUUAAUUCAUUAUUAAUUUAAAUAUCACUCAGGCCUACCCGGCAUAUAUAUGUGCAUGGAUUCAAGUUGUCACAUGUACGCAUCCUCAUCACAGUGGACCAAGACCCACUAUUUCACGAGUCGACUUGCCAUCCUUACCUAGCACUUUGUGUCUAACUCAAGUGUUGCUUACUCAGCAAUCCCAACGUAUACAAGUAAUGCUUCAAACUUGCAACCUACAGAUAUCCUUUAUUCUUAAUAGCUAUAUUUUAUAUCCGUAGAGCCGAACAAAGUGAACUGCUAAACAGUAAACUCGCCCUCUGGUUGGGAGACGACUAUCUCACCUACUCCAAAAGUGAUGUGAAUUUGUAAAAGCUGAGCUAUCUAAAUCCAUUCUGAAAUUUCAUCGGAUACCAAUCCUCCAGGGUCGAUGAGACUUCCAAGAUAAGUGUAGUGGUUGACGCACUGAACUACUUCACUUUCUGUCGGAUACAUGAAACAAUUAUGAAUUUAACGUUGGUAGUAAAGAUGCUCAUUGGUAAUUUGACUUGAGAAUUAUUCCAAAACCCUUCAAUUGUUUAGUCAUGUGAUUCGCUUAAACAGUAAAACGAUUUAGAUACAAGAAGAAACUGGAAUGAUGUUUUAAUUUUUUCCAGAUGGUCACUCAGUAGUAACCAAGGCAGAAAACCCGGAAAAGUCUAAUAUCUUAGUUGAUGAGAUCAUACCUAUUUCACGACAGAACUCUCAAAACGAAGUGUGCUGUGGAUCUCAUUUGUAUCCAGGUGCGGGGACAUAUGUUUUCAAAUUCGAUAACUCCUUCUCCUUAUGGAGGUCGAAAACCCUCUAUUAUCGCGUUUGCUACACAUACUAGAGUGUUCAUUCUUCAAGGUGGAAAGUCUAUGCAGUUUGUCAAAAAUUUGGCUGUGCACCAUAAUUUCCUAACUUUUUUCUGUACUUCUACUUUCUUUAUAAGUUCAAUAAAAAUGGUUCAAAGUGCCUUUUUAU